UGGUGGACAGGUCAGGGGGCUUAAAAAUCCGCCUCAUAAACACAAACCUCAACCCAUUUCUCCAUCUCUUCAAUUCGUUUGCAAUUUACACACAACUGUAAACAAUGGAUUCCUGUCCUUCAAUAAAAAAUAUUCUCCUGUUGGACUCUGAGGGGAAACGUGUGGCUGUCAAGUAUUACUCAGAUGAGUGGCCAACAAAUAAUGCAAGGGAGUCUUUUGAGAAAUCUUUAUUUAGCAAAACUCAAAAGAGCAAUGCUCGAAAUGAAGCGGAGAUAACGAUGUUUGAAAGCAAUACUGUUGUUUACAAGUUUGUGCAAGACCUACAUUUUUUUGUCACUGGUGGAGAAUAUGAGAAUGAGCUCAUUUUGGCGACUGUUCUUCAGGGAUUCUUUGAUGCUGUUGGCCUUCUCCUUAGGGGUCACGUGGAAAAGAAGGAAGCACGUGAAAACUUGGAACUUAUUUUGUUGUGCCUUGAUGAAAUUGUUGAUGGAGGUAUUGUUCUUGAGACCGAUGGAAAUGUCAUUGCUGGGAAAGUUGCAACUCAAAGUAUAGAUUCUUCAGCUCCUUUGUCUGAGCAGACAAUUAGCCAAGCACUGGCAACUGCACGUGAACAUCUCACGAAAUCUCUUCUUACAUGACGUAUACGCUUGCUCAUGGGGGGAGGAGCAUGGAGAAAAUACCCUUUGAUCCGACUAGUGGUUUAAAACGACACAAAGUGGUUCGUUCCCAUCACCUUGGAGUUGCAUUUUUUUUUUCUUUUCAGUUUCAUAGACAAUCUCUCAUAAUUUGAAGUUCCUGCUAUUGGAACUUUUACUUCAUACCUUUCUUUUUCCAUAAAUGGUGCUUAUUGAAUUGUUUCGAGUAAACUUGAUAAAAUUAGAUGUCGGAUGUAUAUUAUAGUUCAUUAAUUGAUUUGAUUUGAGGAUCCAUUACUCGAGGAUGGCCUUUCUUGAUGUAAA